AUGCUUCAAGAUCGCCUCAGGCAAGGAUGCCUGCCUCUCGCAUCGUUGAAUUUGGCAGAAGAAAUGUUACAACGUUACUCCUUCAUCCUGGUCUUGAUCCUAUCUUUCUAUAUUGUGAUGGCCAAGAAGGGUUCGGAGCACUUAGAGUCAUCGACCUCUGAAGCCCCAUCAUCGACUUCACACACAGCAAUGGAUGGGAGCAAUCCAUCGACGACCUCUACUAUUACCGUUGCGUCUUCGCUAUCGGCGUCGCCAACGUCAGCAUCGCCCUCUCCAACAUCAUCCAAUUCUCCAUAUCUUUAUUUCGACUCUCCCGCCAACACUACCACAUGCAACGAUACGACGUUCUCAUGGAAGUUUGAGGGGCAAACUUCCGUACCCUUGACUAUACAGAUAACGAACUCGCUUUCUGUGCAAAUUGCUAUAGCCCCAGGAUACUCCAGAGCCAUGGUUUCCUUUCGCACAUUGACGACUGAUGUGCCGUCGACCGCAGCAGAACUCGAGUGGUCUCCGGUGGAUGUUGAUGAAGGAUCUUAUACAGCUGUAGCAUUCGAUACAUCGCGUGCGGCAGGCAUUUUCGCUCAGUCUUCGCCCUUCUUCGUAGCAUCCGGUAACAACCGUACUUGCUUAGCGAAUUCUUCGUCUACUUCGUCACCAUCGAAUACCUCCUCACCUUCCUCUUCGUCCAGGUCGUCGACCGGCAAACAUUUGAGUCGCGGAGCGCUGGCCGGUACCAUCGCCGGUCUUGCCUCAGGCGUCAUUAUUCUUUUCUUAGCCUUCAGCGUUCCACGUUUACUUCGGCAUCAUCUUCCUACUCGUCGUAAUAGAAGACCUGGCGGGCCUUACUAUCUCUUCUGA